AUGAGAAUACGCCUUGCAACUGCAUAUCCUUUACCUACAUUUAAAUGUUGGCAUUCUAUUUCACCUCUAUCAGAUUCUAUGACAAUUCGAGAUUUAAUUGAGCAAAUCAUUGAGAUUUUUUCAUUUAAUAUAGAUACAUGUUAUUUAAGUCUUGAAUUAGAGGGGUUCCAUCUUCCUUUGAACUCUCCUGUUUCUAAAGUGCUUCGGGAAAAUGAUUUGAUUAUAUUAAAAAGAAUUAAUGAUGCACCCGAAGUAGGCGAUGGAAUAUAUACUAUGUUUAAUAGAGGUGUAUCUAUGGGUUUGGAGGUUUCUGAGAAAGAUAAAAUAGAAAAUGAUACAUAUUUGCUAAAAUAUAACAAACGGUUUGAUAUGUUUGAUCAUACGGAGAGAACUAUGCAAAGUGAUCCUAUUAAACAAAAAACAUCAUGUAUUGAAAAUGAAGAACGUUCUUUUUCUCAGGAAAAUAAUUCAAUUCAUUUAAAUACAUUAAAAAAUAAAGAUAAUUCUAGUAAAAUAAAAAAGGUGCAACCAUAUAAAAAAAAAACUGCUGUAAAAGAAUUGAUCUCAGAAUCAUCUGAUUUGUCAUCGUCGUCAUCAUCGUCAUCAUUAUCAUCAGAAUCAGAAUCAGCAUCAGCAUCAACAUCAACAUCAACAUCAACAUCAAUGACUUCAAAAUUAUCUACUUCUAAAAAAAGUUCUAAUUCAGGCACAUCAUCAAAAUCUACUCCAAAGAUAAAUCAAGCAUUUUCACAUAUUAAAAAUCAGAGACCUCCUGGACAAGGAAUGCCCUCUACUAGAGCACGUAAUAUAAGAAAAAGAAAAACCAAAAGACUCAUAAUGUAUAAACAAAAAGGAAUUCUUCCAGAAUCUGCUAAAUUUUCGGAUUUACUACAAUUAGAAAAAAAAACAGGCAAACCCUUAAAUCAUACAAAGAUUGAAAUCAGGCCAAUAAAAAAAUAUAUAAAAAAUAAAAGAGAGAAUUUUAUUUCAAGAAUAGGCAAUAAUCAAGGAAAGCAUAUAAGAUUUAAUGAGAAUGGAGAAUGUGAUUUAAAUAAUAAAGCACAUGAAGAAAAAUGGCAAGAUAGAUGUAUUGUUAAGGAAAUAGAAUGUGAGCUUCCAAAUGUUCCUAUUAAUCUUAUUCCUUUAACAUCAAAUGAUAAAAACAAAGUUUCAAAUGGAGUAUCAUCAUUUGAAGAUAUGCCACUUUUGCCAGACAAUAUAGAGACAUUUGUUGUUCUUACUCAGCCUCCAUCCAUAGGAUCUAUUAUUGCAUUUAAACACCUUUGUAUAAAUGAUAAUUAUGAACCCAUCUUGUCUGAUUAUAAAACGGCGACACUAAUAGAUCACUCAGAAUCAGGUCUCUUGACUUUACAGCUUGCUAAGCGUGAUCAAAAACAAAAAAAAAUUGAUCUUGAAACUGGAGAGCAAAUUUACGGGAAAUUUGGUGUUGACACAGAUUUAGAACACGAUGGUCAAUUAAUUUUAGCAUGGAACAGUCUUAUAUCACCUAUUUUGUUGAAAGAAGUACAACCAUCUGCAUUAUGA